AUGGCAAAUAGUAAAAGAAUUCAUAAUACUCAUAAAAAAUGGCACUUUUUUUAUCCGCCGAUACAUAUCAUUUUUUUAAUAAUAAUUUUAUUAAGUCAUCAAAUAUUAAGUUACGUCAUUUUGGUGCCAGAUAAUAUAUCGGAAGGAAGCAUUAUUUUUAAUGCCGCACUCACAAAAUUACAUAAAAAUAGAAUUUAUUCGUUAAAUACUCAUAAAAAUGGAUAUUUUGUAAAAAAAUUAUUAGGAGUCGAUAGAACGUCUGGAGAAGUUUUCAUUAAAGAAAAAUUAGACUGUCAAGGAAUAUGGUAUCCAAAUUUAUUUACUCUUUACGUGGAUUCUUUCCCGGAAAAAUUACCCGAAAAAAAUUCUAAAAAAAAAAAUGAAGAUUUUCAAUCAUUGAUAAAUAGUAUUAAAAAUAUGAGAUUUGAAAAUGGGUACGAAAAUAAAAGGCAUAAAAGAAAUGUGAACGGUGUUAAAUAUUAUUCGAUGCCAUUGAGAAUUUUUAUUUAUGGAAAAAGUUGCAACGAAGAUGAAAUAAUUAAUAAUUCUCCGACAACAAUUAAUACAAUUGAUAAAGAAUUGUUAAAAUUUUCCUCCUUAACGUAUCUUCAUAAACUUUGUAAUUUUAGAUAUUCGGAAGCGAAAAAUUGGAUUAGUGAAUCUUUAGCAUCGUUUGCCAUGCCAAGCGAAUCCGAAUACAGCAAAAUAUGCCUUAAAAAAAGUCAAUUCGUCAACAGCAUUUCAUCAUUUUUACCCAAAACAAUUUUAUCGGUAUGCGAAAUAAAAUACGUGAACGUCGACGAUCCAAGAUUUACCGUUGAAACUUCUGCUGGAGAUUUGGUUGCAACUCAUGAUUUUUGCAUUUUGGAACCUAUUUGGAAAAUCACAAUUUUCCUAAAUCUUAAUUGUUUCGGGAGUUCGGGGUUUUUAAACUCUAUGGAUCAUCGUUUAAAGAUAAUUUAUCAUCACGAACAAUUAAAUGAUACCGAAGUAGCUCAUAGAGUAAGAAGAGAAUUAAAAAAUCAGAGUCCCUAUUUUGAUCAAGCACUCUACGUGGCGAGUGUCAUAGAAGAAAAAGCUCCCGGAAUACCAGUCAUAACUCUCAGAGCUAAAGAUCCGGAAAAUUCGUCAAUAACGUAUUCAAUGUCGUCGCUAAUUGAUUCUAGAUCACAAGGAAUGUUUGAUAUUGAUGAAACGACUGGAAUGGUAACUACUUCGGUCAAAUUAGACAGAGAAUUAUUUGAUCUUCAUUAUUUUCGUGUCGUGGCAGCAGAUGAUAGUUUUCCUCCUCGAAGUGGCACCACGACACUUCAAAUAAACGUUAUUGAUGCUAAUGAUCACGCUCCCGUUUUUGAAAGCGAUUCAUACGAAGCUGCUGUUCGAGAGGGUGUGGCUAUCGGUACUAUCGUCAUAACCGUUCGAGCGACAGAUCAGGACAUUAAUAAAAAUGCCGAGAUUGUGUAUUCAUUUAAAGAUCCCGACGAAGAAUUUAAUAUUGAUGGGAAAACGGGAGUAGUAACUACGAGGAAAGCCUUAGAUCGAGAAGUAACUGCAAAUUAUGCUUUGACCGUGAUAGCUUCAGAUAGUCCACCUGUAGGAGAACGCAAAACUGCAACUGCUCUAUUAAAUGUCAGAGUUUUGGACGAUAACGACAAUUAUCCGCAAUUUACAGAACGUACAUAUACUGUCAGUGUACCGGAAGACAUGGACGCAAGUCUUAGUCCUGUUAUAGCUACCGUUAAGGCAACAGAUGCAGACGAAGGAAAAAAUGCAGCGAUUCGGUAUGUUAUAAUUGGUGGUAAUACUCAAGCACAAUUUUUAAUUGAUAGCCUCACGGGAGAUGUUAUUUUGGCAAAACCCUUAGAUUACGAAGUUUUAAAAAGCUACAGAUUGGUUAUUCGGGCUCAAGAUGGAGGAAAUCCGAGUAAAUCAAAUACUACUCAACUGUUGGUAAACGUGAAGGAUGUCAACGAUAAUGAACCUAGAUUUUAUAGUACUUUAUUUCAAGAAUCCGUUCUCGAAAGUGUACCUGUAGGAUACAGUAUUGUAAAGGUUCAAGCAUAUGAUUCGGAUGAGGGUGCUAACGUUGCGUUAAAAUAUUCUUUGAGCGAAAGAGAUGAAUUUGGAACGCCAACAAAUGAACUUCCCCUGACGAUUGAUUCCGUUUCAGGUUGGAUUCAAACUACUAAACCUCUUGAUCGAGAAAUGACCAGUAAAUAUCAAUUUCAGGUGAUCGUUGAAGAUGGAGGAGAGCCUCCAAAGAGUGCCACUGCCAACGUAAUCAUCAACGUACAGGACGUCAAUGAUAACGACCCCGUAUUUAAUCCUAAAAUAUACGAGGUCGUCGUAUCUGAGCAAGAUCCACCCGGGACUUUAGUUGCAAGUGUAACCGCCACUGAUCCCGAUGAAAACUCGAGGCUUCAUUAUGAAAUAACAAAUGGAAAUGUUCGAGGAAGGUUUAGUAUCACAUCACAAAAUAAUCGGGGCCUUGUGGCAAUUGCGCAUCCACUAGAUUAUCGACAAGAUAAAAGGUAUAUACUAACGGUUAGCGCGACUGAUACGGGGGGAAGGUCUGAUAUAGCCACCGUCUACGUCAAUGUAACUGAUGCUAAUAAUUAUUCUCCUGUUUUUGAAAACGCUCCCUACACUGCUCAAGUUUUCGAAGAUGCUCCAGUUGGUACAACUGUGUUAGUUGUUCAGGCAUCCGAUGGAGAUGUCGGUCAAAAUGCUCAAAUAACGUAUUCAUUAACAUCCGGUGCUGAAUUUUCCGUUGACAGCUUUAGUAUAAAUCCACAAACCGGUGCUGUUGUAACGACAAAGCUUUUGGAUAGAGAAACCGUUUCUAGUUAUUUGUUAACAGUUACAGCAAGAGAUGGGGGUAAGAAUUAUGUUGAAAUCACAGUUAAAGACGUUAAUGAUAAUUCUCCUGUUUUUUCAAGUGCAACAUACUCGGGUGUUAUUUCUGAAGAUGCUUUAGUGGGAACAUCAGUUCUUCAAGUCCAAGCUACUGAUAUUGAUUCCGGAUUAAACGGUAGAAUCAGGUAUGCAUUUAAUCCUCCAGGAAGUAGUGGUGCCGUAGAUAAUUCAUUUGUUAUCGAUCCAACUUUGGGAGUUAUAAGAACUUCGAAAAAUUUGGAUCGCGAAAGUGUUCCUUUUUACUCUUUAAAAGUUUACGCCAUUGAUAGAGGAACUCCUUCCCUAUACAGUGUAGUAAAUGUAAACAUUAAAAUAGAAGAUGUUAAUGAUUCCCCACCAGUAUUCGAGUCUGAAAAAAUUGUGUUUUACAUACCGGAAAAUAGUCCCAUAGGUUCCACAGUGGGUGAGGUGAGGGCAAAAGAUCCCGAUGAAGGAGUAAACGCUAUAAUUCAAUAUUCGAUAAUAGGUGGAGAAGAUUCCAGCAGUUUUUCUUUGGUAACGAGGCCGGGUUGGGAUAAAGCAGAAAUUUUAACUACCGUGGAUUUAGAUUAUGAAAGUCCAAGGAAAAAAUAUGAAAUGGUCAUUCGAGCGGCGAGUCCACCCUUGAGAAACGAUGUUAAAGUGGAAAUUUUAGUUACGGACGUAAAUGAUAAUGCACCUGUUUUAAAAGAUUUUCAGAUUAUUUUCAAUAAUUUUCGCGGAUGUUUUUCGAAUGGCGUCGUCGGAACGAUUCCAGCUUUUGAUGCUGACGUUUCCGAUGACCUUCAUUAUCAUAUAUUAUCUGGAAACAAUGCAAAUUUAGUUAUGUUAAACGAAAGCACUGGAAAAAUAACUCUUUCUCCUCAAUUAAAUACAAAUGUUCCAAAGUUGGCAAGCAUGGAAGUUCUAGUAUCCGAUGGAAUAAAUGAAGUUAAAGCAACCAUGAGCCUUUUCGUGAGACUCAUAACGGAAGAAAUGCUUUUCAAUUCCGUGACGGUUCGUUUGGCUGACAUGACGGAAAAAGCAUUUCUUUCACCUCUUUUAGGUUUUUUCGUAGAUGCGUUAGCAGCCGUAAUACCCUGUCCGAGGGAAUAUAUAUACCUGUUUAGCAUUCAGGACGAAGUUGACAUGGAAUCAAAAAUAUUAAAAGUUAGUUUUUCGGCUAGGAGACCUGACGUGACAGGAGAAGAAUUUUAUUCAUCACAAUUUCUAGAAGAAAGAGUUUAUUUAAAUCGAGCUAUUCUUGCUCGACUUUCCACCGUUCAAAUUUUACCUUUCAACGAUAAUCUAUGCGUAAAAGAGCCUUGUUUGAAUUACGAACAAUGCUUGACCGUGUUGAAAUUUGGAAAUGCUUCUGGAUUUAUAUCGAGCGACUCGGUUCUUUUUAGACCGAUUUAUCCCGUAUCAACAUUUACUUGUCAAUGUCCUCACGGUUUCACCGGCUCUCGAGAACAUUAUCUUUGCGAUACGGAGGUUGAUUUGUGCUAUUCUAAUCCUUGUCAAAAUGGAGCCACUUGCAUGCGAAAAGAAGGAGGAUAUUCAUGCGUCUGUAAAAAAGGAUUUACAGGUUUAUACUGUGAAAUAGAUUCACAUUCACAAUCUUGUCAAUCUGGUUUUUGUGGAAAAGGAGUAUGUUCACCUUCUUCUGGUAAUGACAAAGAUUAUAACGAUUUUUGUGAACUCAGAUCUCGUGGAUUUUCAAAAAGUUCAUUUUUAACUUUUCCUUCUUUAAAACAAAGGCAUAGACUUCAUAUUAAAUUUCGGUUUGCUACUCAGUCGCAAAACGGAUUGUUAUUGUACAAUGGUCGAUACAAUGAAAAACACGAUUUUAUUGCUUUAGAAAUAAUGAACGGUUCCGUACAAUUUUCUUUUUCACUGGGAACUAAUAUAUCAAGAACUGUAGCUCGAGUUCCCGGAGGAGUCAGCGAUGGAAAAUGGCAUACCGUUACAUUGUUCUAUUUGAAUAAGACGGCCACGAUAAGUUUGGAUGAUUGCGAUGUAAAAUUAGCACUCAAAAAAGGAUCCAUAUUGGGAGAAAAAUGGGCGUGCGCCAAUUCCACAACUCAAAUUCUUUCCACGAAAUGUGCUAUUUUUACAGAAACUUGUCAUAGAUUUUUAGAUUUGACGGGGCCCUUACAACUUGGUGGCCUCCCCAGUUUACCGACUAAUUUUCAAGUUCAAAAUAAAGAUUUCGAUGGUUGCAUAUCGGAUCUUUACAUCGAUCACAAAUUUAUUGAUCUUAACAGCUUUGUCGCUGAUAAUGGUACAACUGCAGGAUGCCAUCAUAAGAAAGAUUUUUGUUCGUCGAAUCCUUGUAAAAACGGAGGAAAAUGUAAAGAAGAAUGGGGUACAUUUUUGUGCGAAUGUAAAGAAGGACACGGAGGAAAAGAUUGUUCCCAAUCGAUUCAAUCUUCUUGGAGAUUCAGAGGGGAUGGGAUUUUGUCUUACAAUCCAUUAUUACGACCCAUUCAAUUACCUUGGAUAAAUUCAUUAAGUGUAAAAACAUUACAAAAAGAUGCUUUCCUUAUGAGUAUUCAAGUUGGACAAAAUAGUUCUGCCACGAUGGCGUUAAAAAAUGGUUAUUUGGAUUAUUAUUACAACGGAGAAUCAAUUAAUCUCGGUCACGGUAUCAUUAACGAUGGUCUAUGGCAUCACAUUGAAGUAAAAUGGAUGUCAAAUGAUGUUUGGUUGAGUUUAGAUUACGGUCAAAGAGAAAUAACGAAAACAUUCAAUGUUAAAGUUCAAGGUCUUUACGUAAAUAAAAUUUUGGUUGGCGGACCUGAUGAAAGCUACCUAAGUCUUAAUUCUGAUUUUGGAUAUUUUGACGGUUGCAUACAGGAUAUAAAGGUGGGAAAUCAACAAACUUCCCUUCAAAGACCUACCGUAAAGAAAAAUGUAUCCGAAGGAUGUAGUUCGACUGCAACGUGUCCCGAAGCUAAAUGUCCCGCACACAGCGAUUGCAAGGAAUACUGGGAACAUUCUUCCUGUUCUUGUCACUUAGGUUGGGUUGGAUUAAGUUGUUCGGAUGUAUGCGAGUAUGAUCCUUGUGAAAAUCGAGGUCGUUGCGUUCACGAUUCUUCAUUUUCCAAGGGUUAUCUCUGCUCCUGCGAUUCAGAUGAAUAUUCCGGAGAGUAUUGCGAAACAAAAGUCGAUCAACCAUGUCCUAGUUCUUGGUGGGGUUAUCCCGUGUGUGGUCCUUGUCAGUGUAAUGUCGAAUCAGGUUACAAUCCAGAAUGCAACAAGACGACUGGAGAAUGUUAUUGUAAAGAAAAUCAUUUUCAACCCUCGGGAUCAAAAAAAUGUUUGCCUUGCGAAUGUUACCUCGCUGGAUCGUUUACUCCCAAAUGCGACACUCUUAACGGUCAAUGUGAAUGCCGACCUGGUGUCAUAGGUCGACGAUGUGACAGUUGUUCAAAUCCAUAUGCGGAAGUUACUUUAAACGGAUGCGAAGUGGUGUACGACGGCUGUCCCAAAAGUUUUAGUUUUGGUCUUUGGUGGGAUAGAACAACGUUCGGAGAAGUGGCCACCGCCAGUUGUCCUGUUGGAUCCGUUGGAAAGGCAAAAAGAUCUUGCAACGGAGACACUUCAGGUUGGGAUGAACCUGAUUUAUUCAAUUGCACAUCAGAUAAAUUUGUUAGCUUGCAUAAAGUGUUAAAUCAGCUUAAUAAUCAAGAGCUCCAUAUUAAUACGUUCGUUGCUGUUAAAAUUGCUUCGGAUUUAUAUGAAGCAACUAACAUGACAUCCGUUCUUCACGGCGUUGACGUUAUGGUUGCACAUCAACUAAUUGAAAAAUUAAUUAAUUACGAAAAUACAAUGUCUGGAUUAAAUUUAACACACAGUCAGGAUAAAGAUUACAUAAGGAACCUGGUAUCUUCGGCUAACGUAUUAUUAGAUCCUAAAUAUUCUAAUCAUUGGCAAACGGUAGAAAAAUUAAUUGAUGAGGGGCCCGUUGAUUUGGUGAUGGAUAUUGAAAAAUAUUUAUCGACUUUAACUUCCAGUCAGGGUGAUAUUUACACGAGUCCCUUUGAAAUAGUCAAACCGAAUAUGGUUCUUGGCCUUGACGUCAUAACAACUUCGAGUGUUUUUGGCUACGAAGGUUCAGAUAAAGAAAAUCAAAUCGGUGAAAAAGAAAAAGUUAUUUUACCGGAUACGUCACAUUUUUUACAUUCUUCUCUGGAGUUAAACAUGGCGAGUUCGGUUUCUGAUUUAGAAACGAAAACAAGUCCAACCGUGUCUUUUCCAAAAUACAAUAAUUAUCUUCAAGAUUCGAAGAAUUUCGAUACUCAUUCAAAAGUUAUGAUUCCUUUGCAUAUAUUGGGAAUCGAAAAUGUUAAACAAGGUGAUUUACCGGAUCUUAAAGCAUCGGAAAGACGAGCCGUUUUCGGUUAUGCAUUUUAUAAAGAAGCCGGAAAUUUAUUUCCCGAAGAAUAUGACGAAACAGUUACGAAACGUUGGGGAAUUCAAUUGAAAGUUGGAUCUGCCGUUUUAUCCUUUUCCACGUUGGUUCCUUACGAAACGGAAUCAGAAGACGAAAAUAAAAAUGAUGGAAAUAAUUUUAUAUAUAAACCGUUAAGUGAAAUAAGACUCGUAUCUCCCAUUCGAGUAAGAUUAUGGUUGGACAGCGAAAGACAACCGAUAAAAUCAAAUCCUCAAUGCGUUCAUUGGACUACGGUUCGAGGAAAAGGAGAAUGGUCCAGAUCUGGUUGCCAUACUGAUUUACCAGAAGUAAAUGAUGAUACUGAGCCUUAUAUUGUUAAUUGCACCUGUUAUCACUUGUCAACUUUUGCUGUUUUGCUUGACGUCAUUGAUCUCGAGUACAUUCCUCAACCGACAUUCUUAGAAGAUUUAAUGACUUACGUCGGAUUCUCCGUAUCGAUAUUUCUUCUUAUAAUCGCACUUUUAAUACUUUCUUGCAUACGAGGACGUCCGACCAAUUCGAAUUCCAUUCAUAAAAAUAUCGUUUUUUGCAUAUUGUGCGGAGAAAUAAUAUAUUUUGCCGCAUUGAAAUUUCGAAGUCUUUUACUCCAACAAGAGUUUCCGUGUAAAAUGAUUGCAAUGUUCCUCCAUUAUUUUUGGCUAUCAUCUUUUUCUUGGACUCUUGUUGAUUCGUUACACUUGUACAGAAUGCUUACAGAGCUCAGAGAUAUCAAUCAUGGUCAAAUGAGAUUUUAUUAUUGUUUGGGCUACGGACUUCCGGCUAUAAUCGUCGGUUUAUCCGUUGGCGUGAGAGCUGAUCAAUAUGGAAAUUUUUAUUUCUGUUGGUUGUCCAUAUACGAAUCAGUCGUUUGGAGUCUUGUCGGACCGAUAACGUUUGUCGUCGUCAUUACUAUGAUUAUGUUAAUGCUUUCCAUAAGAGCAGCAUUCACGUUAAAAAAUCAUAUUCUCGGUUAUGGAAAUUUAAGAACAUUGGUAUGGGUGUCGGUGAUAUUUUUACCACUCCUUGGAAUCGUAUGGAUAUUUCUCAUUUUAAACGUAUCGGAACCUCUUGCGUUAUUGCCUCAUGCACUUUCCCUGGCGGUUAUCAUUCAAGCCGUCUAUACUUUGGCAGGAUUUUGUUUUGUUAAUGCACGUGUCAGACGUAACCUUUACGUUUCCUUACUUAAAUGCUGCGGUAAAGAAAUUCCGAAAGACUUGGAUUUAAGUAUUGAUGCUAUAGGAUCCUCAUCGAACAUUGCAAGCGAUCGACCGACUACGUACAGAAAUGCAGAAGUAAGCGUAUCUACAAGAAGGAAUAUGGGUAUAUCAACAUCAUCGACAACUUCUAGAAGUACCGCUAAGACUUCGAGUAGUCCGUAUCGUAGUGAUACUCAAUUGAGAGGAACUAAUACCGACACAAGUACAAGCAACUAUAAUUCCACAAACGAACUUCCCAGCUUUAUGAGGGGAUAUAAGAGUCCGGGAAAGAUAAAAGAAGAAGGAAGGAAUGCUCAAACCGAUUCGGAUUCUGAUAAUUCCGUAGAUGGUAGAAGCCUAGAAUUAGCAUCUAGUCAUAGCAGCGAUGACGAUGUUUCAUCAAGACCUCACCGUUCGACAAGAAAUGGACCCAUCAACACUAAUUACAUGCCGAACAUAUGCGAAGGAGGCGUCCCAUCUCCACCAACAUUAAACGUAAUCAGUCAAUCGGAAUUAUUUCCAAAUUUGGCACCCCUGUAUGCUCCUCGAUGGUCAAGUCAAAUUCCUCAAUCUUAUCUUCCGUCAAAUAUGAGCGAAUUAAGAGAUGAUGAAACUUCACCGCAGCCAUUGCCCAGACCCGAUAUCGAUCCAUUAAGCGAAUAUGAUCCGCAUAAACUUUCACAUUUGGAACCUUCGCUGUACGAGAAAACAAAUUCGUAUCAAGUCAAUUUGUCAACCGUGUACGAAAACGAUAAUAAAAUGGAUAAUUACAAUAUGGACGUACCAGAUCCCGAAGAAAAAGUUCAUUUGGGUGAAAAAUAUCUUUUCCCAUAUACAGCGGAAGAAGAUCAUUGCACGGUUCCCACAUAUUCUUCAAACAAUUGUUUGCACAGCAGAGGAAGCAGCAGGGAUUCCCCCAAUUUAAGAAGCCAUCGGGAUUCUCCGAGCUAUUCAGAAUUUCGCGAAUCCCCAUCAUCAUCGUAUUUUACAAAAUCGAGAGAUUCUCCGACAUUCCACAAAGAUGUUCAUCAAAGAACGAAUUCAAAUAAUUUACCACAAAAGGAAAACCAACCUUACACCUCUGUCGGAUCUCAUUAUCCUUCCUCUUUGUCACUUCAUCAGCGAAAUACACCGACAAGAAAUUCUCCACUUUUUCCAAAAAAUUCUCAUCUGGAUACGGAUGCUCAAGAUUCCGAGUAA